UUUUCAUUUUCUUCAUUUUCUUGGCUCGCGUGGGAAGAGUGACAAUAGUUUUGUAUAUCCUUUAAAGAAUUUCUUUGUUCAAAAAUGACUUUAUUCCAUUUUGGAAACUGUGUCGCUUUGGCAUAUUUUCCUUAUUUUAUUUUAUACAAAUGUUCUGGUCUAUCUGAGUACAGUGCAUUCUGGAGAUGUGUUCAAGCAGCGUGUACCUAUUUGGUUACACAACUUUGCAAGAUGCUUGUGCUUGCCACUUUUUUUCCAACGUCAGAGUCAACAGCAGAUUCCUUGGAUGUUUUUGCAGAAUUCUUGAAAUCAACUGUAGAUGUUGCUGACUUAUUUGGUCUCUAUUUAACAAUGUCAAAAAUCCCUGGAAAAGGAGAGUUGAAAGUAUUAGUCGCUGGUUUAGGUUGGGCGACUGCAGAACUUGUUAUGACAAAGCUACUACCCUUGUGGGUUGGUGCAAGAGGUGUUGAAUUUGAUUGGAAAUACAUGCAAAUGAGUUUUGAUGCUAACAUUGCUUUGAUUCAUCAUAUUGCAACAGCAACAUUGGUUUGGUUGUGGUCAAGACAUGAUCUACAAAGGUCAUUUCUGCCUGUUUUAGGAACAUUUAUGGCUCUCUGUUGUUUUAAACCACUCAUUAUAGAAUUCAUCAGUUUUUUCUUUGGUAUUUAUUCGUGGAAUUUACUGUUAUUGAAAACUGCGUUUACAGCGUGUGUCGGGAUCGUGGCGCUACAAAUUUAUCUUGGACUAACGACAACAAAAUCAAAUCGAGCAUAGUAUCAGCAGCAUGCAUGCAUAUGGCUAUCUUUCGACGAAGUAGCUAUUGCAGGACAUUUACAUUGCAAAAUUUUAGUGUAAAUCUGCUAGUUUUGUAUGUUUCAAUCAAGCCUCGUGACUUUGAUCAACUGCAGCAUGCAAGAUGUUACUGAUGUAGUAUAUUUUCAACACUGUAGGCUUAAUAAAUUAAAAUAUCUCGAAACAACUGUGGAAAAAAUUUUAAAAGCACGUGCAGAAACUAAAUAGGAUCAGAAA